AUGGCUACGUCUGGGACAAGAGGAGGGACCGCGAGGCCCGCUCCACCUCGAGAGGUCAACAACCUGUUACAUACACUACGGGGCGAGCACUUCCGGCAUGAGCAGAACCUCCAAAAAUCUCGUCCUCAUCCCACUCUCCGUCCUUCUCGCGGCUCGAGUGGGCCUACCUUGCCUUACUCCCUCAUCUUCGGCCAAGAAGAGAGCACUUCAAGAGUCCCGGAACCACCUGCUCCGACGACUAAGCCUGCAGCUGGACCGACGCCACGAAGCUGGGCUUUACAACAACAUGUACGAGAUACCGGUCCCCCAGUCUAUGAUUCCGCUCAUUGGAGAGAACAGGCCCUUUCCCUGUUCUUCACGCAUUGUCCCCUCAGCGACGGUAGUGCUCAUAGUCCUUCAACUUCCUCAGAUGAAGCCCACAUACCAUCUCUUACGAAUCUAUGUCUCCGUAUCCUCUUGAGAUACUACGGAGAUGAGUAUGGGGCCUUUGCGGAGGAUAUUGUACCAUACCUUUCGCCUCAUCAUCGACGCCAGCUCCUGCGAUACACCGCCGUCCACAAUCCUCUUCCCAAUUCCGUGAUAUAUCCCCUAUUUGAACCAGAUGGGCAUGCAGAUGGCGAAGUCAUCGUCGUAGGGCCGCAAGCUACCCUUCGCAGCGAUUUCUUCCAGACAAACCCACCAGGGACACCCACGCUCACUGGCUCAGCUACUCAACCCGACGAAGACGAAACGGGAGAUACCGCAGACGUUUGGGACGUCACUCCAGAUGACUGGGAGUCCUCGUCCCACCCAAUCUACAGCCUAGCCCUACUCUCUACCUCCCUUUCCGUUCAAACUUUACUCAGCUUUCCACCUUGUCUUACCCAUCUCGCUCUCAUCCGACUCUCAUCUCCGAUCCCGGUACAUCGACUGCCUGCGAAAUGUCCAUCUUUGGAGGUGUUGGAUCUGUCGUAUAAUGAUUGGUUGACGACGACGACAUGGGGCGAGGAGAUCGUUAGUCGGAUCAAAUGGAGUAAUUGGAGACAGUUGAGGGUAUUGGGGGUGAGGGAGUGUGGACUUGAUCAGGAAGCGUUGAAGAAAGUGAAUGAGGGCCGGUGGGAAGACGUUGAGAUCAUAUCAUAG